CUCCGCACUCGGAGUACCCGGGAGGCCGGCGGCGCUGGGCAUUCGGGAGUUGUAGUCCACAGGCCCCCCCCGCACCGCCAUCGCAGCGGCGACAGGACUACAUUUCCCAGAGUCUCAGGCGCGGAAUGGCGGCGGCUGGUGGCGCUGGGGAGUCGUGAGAGGCGACUCCUGUUCCAGCGCUGACACCGGCGCCAGCACCAGGAGCAGGAUGUAUACACUGCUGUCAGGGCUCUAUAAAUACAUGUUCCAGAGGGAUGAGUACUGUGUCCUGAUCCUGGGUUUGGACAAUGCUGGUAAAACUACCUUCCUUGAACAAACUAAAACCCGAUUUAACAAGAACUACAAAGGGAUGAGUUUGUCCAAAAUCACAACCACUGUAGGCUUAAACAUUGGAACUAUUGAUGUUGGCAAAACUCGGCUCAUGUUCUGGGACCUUGGUGGGCAGGAGGAGCUGCAGUCACUUUGGGACAAGUACUAUGCUGAAUCUCAUGGGGUGAUCUAUGUUAUUGACUCCACUGAUGAGGAGAGGCUCUCUGAGUCCAAAAGAGCUUUUGAGAAGAUGAUUACCAGUGAAGCUCUGGAAGGGGUUCCCAUCCUGGUGUUGGCCAACAAGCAGGAUGUAGAGAAUUGUCUGUCAAUACCCGAUAUCAAGACAGCAUUUAGUGACUGCAUUAACAAAAUUGGGAAGAGAGACUGCCUGACACAAGCCUGCUCAGCCCUUACUGGCAAAGGGGUGAACGAAGGGAUUGAGUGGAUGGUGAAGUGUGUGGUGAGGAACAUCCACCGCCCCCCAAGGAAGAAGGACAUCACGUAGGAGCUGCAAGCCAGCCUAGCAAUGGACAGUCUCUUUCCACACACUUCUGUGUUCCCUUUAAAGAAGGUGAUCCACUGGAUUCCUAUUACACCUGAUUCUUUCCUAAAUUUGGAGACAAAUAUUCUCUUUCUGUGUCUAAAAAAAAACUUGAGCCAAGGAUUCCAGCUGGGUGGGGGGUGGGAAUCUCUUACAUUAAGUAUUGUCAUUGGCCUCUGAGCAUCCUAUGUAGCAACCUACACAUUGCCAAUGCAAAAGACUUAAUUUUUCUACUAUCUUAUUUUGUGAAUCCUGAUUUGUGAGUCUAACAGGCUGGAGGCUGGUGACAUGAAGGAACUCCUGAAGGAAAUGCAGAGGUGAAUGUUGAAGGGGAGGAACAGCCUGGGGAAUGGCUGUUCCUCCUAACUGCCAAGAUCCUUGCUGCUCCAGCCCCAUGUUCCUGCAGGGUGUUACUGGCCCUGUUAUGCUGCUGUUUGUGUAGUGGGGAGAGAGAGCAUUGAUUGAUUAGAACUUGAUUUUCACUCGGGGUGUUGAUUCAUAACUUUGACCUGUGGUAAAAGCAGAUGUGGAAAUCAGCAAUUGGAUCAUUGAAUUGUUAAUGUUGGAAAAGACCUCAUCAAAUCCAGCUGUGCUGGCUGAAAUGGAUUUUCCUACCAGGACCCCGAUUCCAGAAGCACUGCCUUGCUCUGACUGCCAGUCUCUUUGUGCACUCUAUAAUCCUAAGAGUAAUUGAGAUCUUCUGUAACUGGAGUGAAUCAAGGCCCUCUCUGUGAUCUUUCUAAGCUGAAAACAACCUCUAGGCAGGAAGAAAUCAGUAUGCAAUAAAGCUUCCUACUUAUUUGAA